AUGGGCUUCUUCGACUUCGACACGGGCAGUGUCAUCUCCGGCCGCUCCUCCCACUCGCGCCGCCACUCCUCCAAGAAGCACCACAGCAGCAGCGGCAAGCACCGUUCCCGCUCCCGCUCCUCCUCCGAGCGCUCCCGCAAGCGCCACGCCGGCGCCUCCGCCCCGAGCAUUGCCGCCUCCAUCUUCGGCGGCGGCGACUACCAGAAGCACAACUCGUCGCGCUCCUCCUUCUUUGGCAUCCCCAAUGCCUCGCGCUCCUCCUUCUUCGGCUUCGGAGGCCGCAGCCCCUCGUACUACAAACGCUCCCCCCGCAGCGGCUUCGUCCAGAAGACGCUCAAGCAGGUCAAGCGUCUCUGGCGCGACCUCGUCUACUACGCGAAAAAGCAUCCCUACAAGGUCGUAGCCCUCGUCCUCAUGCCCCUCCUUACCGGCGGCUUCCUCACCGCCCUGCUCGCCCGCUUCGGCUUGCGCCUGCCCCCCGCUGUCGAGCGCAUGAUUGGCAUCGGCGCAAAGGCUGCCUCAGGCGAUUCACUUGGCCUCGUCGGCGAGGCCGUCCGCAUGGCCAGCGGUGGUUUCGGCGGCGCCGCUGCCGCCGCCACUCGCGCCGGCAGCGUACACGUCGAGAGGGGGUACGAUGGUGAUUUCGCCUGGGAGAGGAGGAGUGUCGAGCGCGAAGGCGGGUUCGGUGGCGGCGGCGGAGGCGGCUGGACCGACGGCCUUAUGAAGGGCGUUGCCAAGAUGUUCAUCUGA